AGGGGCAGCAUUGAGGGAGAGAGGAAAUGGCGUUGAGACGCUACUUCGGGUUCUCAGAGGGAGAACUGAUGAGGUCCGAUUGCAAGCCUUGCUCUAGGCUCAUGAGGCACACCGCUGGGAUCUUCUCCGUCGGUGGAGCAUUCGGGUUCUGGAUUCUCUGCAGGUUGCAUUACGGUCCCAGAGUCACCACGCCGAGGGCGCUAAGGUGGGCGGCUUGUGGAGCAGUCACAGUAAGUUCAUCGACGGCGAUGCUGGUACGCCUCUUUAGCCCUGAGUGCGAGCCCCAGAACAUUGCUGCUUUCGACAAACCUGCAUAGCCAAGGCCACGAUCGCUUCUCUCUAGCCUGCGGCUAUCGAUCGGUCUCUCAAUUCUUUGUUUCUUGUGGAAACUUAUUUAGUAAAAGAAUCUCGAUUUGGGUAUUCUUGAUGAUAAACAAAUCCCUAUCAGCUCUGGGGAACGUGAUAAAUGCUCUAACAUGCAGUUCAUCCAAAUCUAAUCACAUACCUUACCGUGAUUCUAAGCUGACCAGGCUUCUUCAAGAUGCUCUAGGAGGCAACUCUAGGACUGCUUUAAUCUGUUGCUGCUCGCCGAGUACCUCAAACUCAUCAGAAACAUUUUCCACUCUUCGUUUCGGUACCAGGGCAAAGCAUAUAAAGACAUCGCCUACUGCUAAACGGAUAGUUGAUGCGGAAACUGGAGCCAGAUGGAAUGCAGUCGAUGUUCCAACAAAAGAGGAGUCUGUCAAGAGAAUUCUAGCUGAGGUGAAGUUAAUACCAACUGUCAAACAUAUUGAUCAUGCAUCAGAUGCCCCAAAGAAAGAUGAUCAUCAUGGGAGAACUCUAGCCAAGUUGAGGGAGAGAUUGGAUGACGAGGAUGUCAACUUGCUCGAGGAAUUACUCAUACUCGGUUUGAUCCCAGUGCAGAAGAAGACAUGGAAUCAGGCUGCAAAGACAUCACCUCACAGUCCUCACCACUUUUCCCUGAUAAGCGUAGGGUUGUGCGUGUGUUUACAGCUUAAGAGUGAGAACAAGGCUCUCAAGGCCCGAAUUGCAGCUAGUGGAACUAUGGAAGGUGGUCGGAAAGAGGCAGAACUUAGAGCAAUCAGAGAUGGUCUAAGCUUAGCUUGGAGCUUGGGAUUUCGAAGGCCUUCCUUUCUCCGGCGUGUUAACUGUUCUGUUAAGAACCAAGAAGAAGCAGUAGCAGUAGCAGAAGCGGCAUCUCAUAAGGGCACCAUUGAGGGAGUAAAUGGCGUUAAGGCGCUACUUUGGGUUCUCAGAGGGAGAAUUGAUGAGGUCCGAUUGCAAGCCUUGCUCCAGGCUCAUGAGGCACACCGCUGGGAUCUUCUCCGUCGGCGGAGCAUUCGGGUUCUGGAUUCUCUGCAGGUUGCAUUACGGUCCCAGAGUCACAACUCCCAGGGCGCUAAGGUGGGCGGCAUGUGGAGCAUUCACCGUAAGUUCAUCCACGGCGAUGCUGCUACAGCCAUGGCUGCCAAGAGCUCUGUUGUUGUUCUCAAAAUAUUCGUCAGCAUCAUCAUACUAUCACUAUCCUUCCUAUCAUAUUCAGCCACCUCCACUGAGUUCAACUAUCCGGCAGCUUUCAACUUCGGUGAUUCGAACUCGGACACUGGCGACCUUGCUGCUGGCCUCGGCUUUCGUCUUGGCCUCCCCUAUGGACAGACCUACUUCAACCCUCCGACGGGGAGGUUCUGCGAUGGCCGCCUUAUCCUGGACUUCCUAAUGGAUGCCAUGGAUCUACCGUUUCUAAAUGCAUAUCUGGAAGCAGUUGGGUUGCCGAAUUUCCGAAGAGGAUGCAACUUUGCUGCUGCUGGUUCAACCAUAAAUCCAGCAACACCAACGUCAGUCUGCCCAUUCUCAUUUGGGAUUCAGGUGUCUCAGUUUCUGCGAUUCAAAGCUCGUGUCAUCGAAUUGCUCUCCAAAAGUAAGAAGUUUGACAAGUAUCUUCCAGCUGAGGACUAUUUCCAGAAGGGGCUGUACAUGUUUGAUAUAGGCCAGAAUGAUCUUGCUGGUGCAUUUUACUCCAAGAGUUUCGAUCAAGUCGUCGCCUCGAUCCCAACCACUUUAGUCGAGUUCGAGAAUGGAAUCAAGAGAUUGUAUGACGAAGGAGCAAGGAACUUCUGGAUACACAACACGGGCCCUCUCGGAUGUUUAGCUCAGAAUGUGGCGAAAUUCGGUACUGAUCCAUCCAAGCUCGACGAGCUAGGCUGUGUUGCUGGGCACAACCAAGCUGCCAAGCUUUUCAAUCUGCAGCUUCAUGCUCUCACCAAGAAGCUGCAAUCCCAGUAUGCCGAUUCGAACAUCACACACGUCGAUAUCUACACCAUCAAGUCCAACCUUAUUGCAAACUACUCCAGAUACGGAUUUGAGCAGCCCAUAAUGGCCUGCUGUGGCUAUGGAGGACCGCCGCUGAACUACGAUAGUCGGGUUGGAUGCGGGCAGACAAAAGUGAUCAACAACGCGACAGUUGCGGCCAAGGCGUGCAAUGACAGCACUGAGUACGUGAACUGGGAUGGGAUUCAUUACACUGAAGCUGCAAACCAGUAUGUUUCGUCGGAAGUGCUCACCGGAAAGUAUUCUGACCCGCCGUUCGCUGACAAGAUGCCAUUUGCUCUCAGUCUCAAGUUCUGAAACACAAAAGCUUGCUCAGAUCGAUUGCCGUAACUGGUUCAUUCUUUUACUCUCCAACAUUGUGUUCUUCCUCCUGCGUGGAAAACUUAUUACAGAAAGGAUAGGAUAAUACUAAAAGGGCAUUCUAACAUUGAUCGACUUUGUCACUGGAAGGAAGUUAUAAUCGUUCAUGGGAAGGAUCUAACAUUAUUGUAUUCGGAAUCUAAGCUAAUAAUAGAUUGAUUUACGUCAAACGUUAAAAUUGGA